CUCGGAGGCCAUCUGUUAGACGUCAGCAUCAGCAUAACCGGCAUCAAUUACCAGAAGAAGAACUACGUCGAUCAGCACGCAUCGCUAGACAACACCAAGACCAAAUUCGAGACAACAACCAAUAUCAUCAACCGCCCCCAAUGGCAGAUGUUGCACGCCGCACUUAUGCUCGCAAUGACCACGGUCCUCGCAGUGUCGAACAUCUUCCUCCUCGCCUUACACCUUAACCAUCACCACCUCCCCACCCACCUCUCUAUCCCCCUCAUCCCCUUCAACACCCGCAUCCUCAUAACCUCCCGCCAACGCACUCGCCCCACAAACCUGCUCGCCGUAAUCUCCCUCUGUUCUCCCUCUGGCGUCCCCCUCCCCGCCGGCCACCUCCUCACAACCUCCAAACUCAUGGAUUCCGUGUCUGAACCUUCCCGUUCCGAUCUCUCCACCUUAGGCAGAGGACACAGACAGGAAAUCGUGGGUGUGGCAGGGUUUGAUGGUUUGUGUGUACAGACGCAGGGGAGUAUAGAGUUAGAGUUACCAUUGCGAGGAUGGAGGGGGAUGGGUGGGAGGCAGUUGCUGAGGUUGACAGUGCGGUGUUUAGGG